AUGGAACCCAGCAGCGAUUUGAAGUCGGGAAAACCGUCCCCUACUGAAUCAAUUGAGUUUGCGGAAACGCAGGCCUUCGAUCAACAUGCAACUAAGAAACUCUUGAGGAAGUUGGACUGGCAUAUUAUUCCUUUUAUGAGCUUGAUCUAUCUGUUGUGCUUUCUUGAUCGAACCAACAUCGGGAACGCCAGACUAGACCAUCUCGAACAAGACCUCCGACUAACAGGCAUCCAAUACAAUGACUGUCUUGCUAUUCUGUUCCCAUUUUAUAUCGCGGCCGAGAUCCCGAGCAAUAUGAUGAUGAAACGGCUCAGGCCAUCAAUUUGGCUGACAUUCAUCAUGGUAUGUUGGUCUGCAUCAAUGAUUGGACAAGGCUUUGUGAAAGACUAUAAAGGACUCAUGGCCACCCGUGUCUUCCUUGGUGUAUUUGAAGGAGGUUUAUUCCCUGGCGUCAAUUAUUAUAUCACUCAAUGGUACUGCAAAGCCGAAUGCGGUUUUAGAAUGGCCUUAUUCUUCUCUGCAGCAACGCUGGCUGGCGCUUUUGGUGGCAUCUUAGCACGAGGCAUUGCCGAGAUGCAUGGAGUCGGUGGUCUCUCCGCUUGGGCGUGGAUCUUUAUUCUCGAAGGGCUUUUGAGUAUCUUGGUCUCGUUUACAGCUUACUGGGCUAUCUAUGACUAUCCCGCCACGGCACGAUUUCUCAACGAAAAUGAGCGAACCGAGGUCGAAAGACGCCUGCAAGAAGACUCUGGCCACCUGUCCAACGAAUUCAAUGUCAAAUAUGUUUGGCAUGCAAUCAAGGAUUGGAAGAUCUAUAUUCACAUGCUCAUCUGCAUGGCGGGCUUCUGCCCUAUUUACUCCAUUGCACUGUUCUUGCCCACCAUCAUCAAGAACAUGGGGUACACCGCAAACAAUGCUCAACUAAUGUCGGUGCCACCAUACUGCUUUGCUUGCAUCUUUACGAUCGCCGCAAGUUGGUAUGCAGAUCGCGUCAGACAGCGCGGAAUCUUCUUGAUGGGCUUCCAGCUAGUUGGUAUCUUAGGGUUCGGUCUGUUAGUCGGCACGAGUCGAUCUUCUACACAGUAUGCCGGUACUAUUUUUGCCGCCAUCGGGAUAUAUCCUCAAAUACCACUUGGACUAGCUUGGAACAGCAGCAACAUCGGUGGCAGCCUAAAGCGAGGAACUGGAAUUGCCAUGCAAGUCAUGGGCGGUAACUGCGGCGGCAUCAUCGCGUCGUACGUUUACCUCUCUCGAGAUGGGCCGCGUUAUGUGAUUGGCCACAGCAUUCUCAUUGGCUUCGUCAGCAUGGCCUUCUUCCUGUCCUUGUUCAUGACGACUUGGUGUAGGAGGGAAAAUGCUCGUCGAGAUCGGUUAUCUAGUGAAACUGGUGUACGACAUUUAACAGACGAGCAAAAGGCACAGGAAGCCGAGCUUGCUGACAACGCACCAUGGUUCAGAUAUACACCAUAA